GCCCGAGUACGACAGUCGACGCCGGCCGUCCCGAGCGUGCAGUCGUGGGAGCUGUCGUCUUCUUCGUCGUCGUUGCUCGACGAUCUCGCGCGUGACUCGAUCGUGUUUCCUAUUUUCUUUUAAACCUUAUCAUCUCGAGAGGACGAGAUCGUGUCGGUACAUCGUGUCGAAUGAAUAGAUAAAAAUAAAUAAUCGAGUAAAUUGAAGGGGAAGGUGGAGUGGAGAGUUUGGAUGGUCGAUGACAACGCGUGUCGCGUAUCGGUUUCGUUGUCUUUGCGCGUGAUCUGUGACUGGUAUUAGGAUGAGGGACGUGAUCUUUUAUAAAAUCUUGACCUAGAGGGGAACGAGUGCGGUCGAGGCACGGUGGAUCAUCGGAUCGAAUCGUGUGAUAUUGAUGAUCCGCGCUUCGAUGGAAGGUGGUGGUCCGGAAGUCCCGUCUUCUGGAGAACGUUUCCGGUGGAUGCUGAUCGACGGUGUUUCCGAGAAAUCGGUUUUAGAUCGGAGCGGGCGUGCGUGCGCGGAGGGGGGAUUUCGACGUUUCUGUGGAUCGUUUCGCGAGUGGAAGGACGACCUUGAGAGGAGGAGGGACUCUGUUGGUGUGUCUGUUCGUUGCGGAUGCGGAGCUUACGCGGGUCGUGAUUGUGACAACGAGUUGGCCAAUUUGCAGCCGAGAAUGCUGGUGCUUGUUAAAAGGAGGAGGGAAACGGGUUUCAAUCUUGCGACGAGGAUGGCUGCAGUCUUUGUUAUCGCGUGCCUCCUGCUGAUGGACACUCGGCCGACGUCUGCCGCCUUUAACAAUGGAAAUAGCCACGGAAUACCUCGGAGGCAGGUACGAGUUUUAAAAGUUACAGUCGUUUCAGUUACCACCGUCCCGGAUCCCGAGUUCGUUGAUGAAAUAGGAAAUAUCACAGUCCCAGCAGGACGUAAUGUGAAAUUAGCCUGCAGUGUUAAGGAUUUGGGGCCGUACAAGGUGGCCUGGAUGCUUUUCGACAAGAGCGCCAUCCUGACAGUACAAAGUCACGUUAUUACCAGGAACCCUAGGAUAUCCGUGACCCAUGAUAAGCACAGGACCUGGUUCCUACAUAUCAAAGAUGUUCGGGAGGAUGACAAGGGAAAGUACAUGUGCCAGAUUAAUACGGCAACCGCGAAAACCCAGUAUGGCUAUCUGCACGUCGUUGUGCCUCCUAAUAUAGAGGACUACCAGACCUCGUCCGACGUCAUUGUGCGAGAAGGCGCGAACGUGACACUAACGUGCAAAGCGACUGGAAGCCCUAAACCGAGCAUAAGCUGGAAAAGGGACGAUGGCUCGAUGAUUUCAAUUAACAAGACUUAUUCUGUGAUGGAAUGGGAAGGCGAGAUGUUGGAAAUCACACGUAUCUCGAGACUGGACAUGGGCGUUUAUUUAUGCAUUGCGACAAAUGGCGUCCCUCCCACUGUUAGCAAGCAGAUCAGAGUCUCGGUUGAUUUCCCCCCUAUGCUCUGGAUACCGCACCAAUUGGUCGGUGCACCCUUGGACCAUUCAGUCACGUUGGAAUGCUACACCGAGGCUCAUCCAACUUCUUUGAAUUACUGGACCAGGGAGGAUGGCCUGAUGAUUCAGGGUAGCAACAAAUACAAGACCACCUCCACACCAGAGAAACCCUCGUACAAGACGCAUAUGACGUUAACGAUACACGAUCUGCAGGAGGAGGAUUACGGUAGCUACAAGUGCGUCGCGAAAAACCCACGUGGAGAGACAGACGGCACCAUUCGCCUGUACAUGUCCUCGCCGCCGAGCACCAGCCCCAGUCCUUCCACCACCGAGAUAUCGAAGAAAGAUUGGGAGCUGAUGGCCGAAAUGAAUAACUCUGUUUACGGGAAUCCAAGCUCGCUGACAAUUCACAACGAGAAAAAUAUAAAAGCAGGUAAUAAAUUCCAACGGAACCUGAACGAGAUCGGCAAGUCCGAGCAAAAAUCGAGCGACCCAGAUAGGAAAAGAAAGUACGAUUGGACCCCGGACAGCGAUUCGGCAGUGAACAUGACGACAACGGAAUUGCUUCUAAUGAUCACCCUGAUCGCAGUGUCGAUCAUUCGAUAAGGAGAAUCAAUAGGGAUAAACGCGUUGGAGGUCCUCUAAUCUGUAAUUGUCGGCUGGAUUCAAACUGUGAAAGAAGGAAGAAAAGAGAAGGGAAGAAACUGAUAGGACUGCGAGAAACAUACAGACGUACAUACGCAAGAGCACACAUAUAAUAUACAUAUAUAUAUAAAAAGAAGGAAGAAUGACUGAGUAGCUAGUGUCGUAUUAGAACAAGAGGAGGAGAAAGAGGAAAGGAAAAAAAAAAAUAAAUUAAUAGUAAGAAUAAUAAUUACGCGUGCCAAGUCAGUGUAGAGCGCAGCAGUGAACGAACGAGAUGUGCAAUAGGGAAACGAAUUUUCGAAUCGAUAUGACAUAUUAUGCACGAGACGUGGGAGGUAAGGAAGGGACGGCAAAUCACAAAGUGCAACGACUAUCGCUUUCAGUGUAACAUAUUGUAUAACGCCGUUAAUGUCGCCGCAGAGAACGCGCCAACGAUCUCGAAUUUCGAUUAAGGAGCCUUGAGCCUGUUCGAGUCCAAAACUGGUUCGAAUUUGUUAACAAGUUUAUCUUUUCUUUUUUUAACCAUAUUUAGAAUUAAAUAUUAAUCGAAGAUAAAUUUCUUUUUUUUGAAAGGUAUAUAUAUAUAUAUUUAUAUGUAACAUUUCUUCUUUCAAAUUGACAGCUUAAAAUUUUAUUCAAACGUUUCACUGAAUGUAUGAAUAAAUGAUAAAAGAAGAAGUAAAAAUCAAUGAUGCAAGCGUGAAUUGUCCGCGCUAUCGAUUUCGUUCUCUCAUUUUUUUUUUUAUUUUUCCUCCUUGAAUGAUUUUCUCUUCUCCUCUUUUAUUCCAUCUGCGAAGUGUUCCUUUCUCCGUCGUUUCUUUUUCUCAGUUUUUCUCUCUCCUUCGUUCCUCCGUUUCGUUUCUUAUACCAAAUCGCGGAUCCCAUCUGGAUACUUGAGAUUAAAACGUCAGAUUCGGUAUAGAAGAUGUUCCUCGAUGAAGAAGUAGUAGAAGAAAAAAAAAUAUUGGAGGGGAAGAGGAGGUGGAGAGUACACGAAAAACGUUAAAGAAUAUUAAAGACUAAGGAAUAUUAUUAAUCGCAAAUAUGUUUAAAAUCUUUGUAUAAAAAUUCAUAGUUUCGAUAAAUUUUUUUUAUCCAAUUCAAAUCAUUAUAUGUGAAUGUAAAAAUAGAAAAAUAUAAAAUAUGAAAAUGUGAAUAUUAUUUGAUGAUUCUAUUUCACCAUUCUACUUUAUAUAAUUUCAUUUUAUUUAAAACUUUAUGUUCUUUUGAAAAUGAAUGAAAAUCUGCCUUAAAUUGAUUCAAAGAAAAUUGAAAAGGAUAAAAAAUAAUAUACUUUCAUUUACAAAUAACUUUCUAAAUAACUUCUAGAAAGAAAUAUAUAUUUUUAUAUAAUUAUUAAAAGUACUGUAACUAUUUCUCACCUCCUAUUAUUAAGAUCUAAUUCCAUUCUAUGAAUUAUUUUCUUAUCGAAAGAUUUUGCACUCGCAAACAGGCUCAACUUUAGAAUAACUUAAAAAUCAGGGAUCCACGAUUACGAAGGAAUCAAUUAAACGAGGAGAAAAGAAAGAAAUGGAAUAAAGCGACGCACCGAGGCACUUUUUGUCAAGAUUAAAAGUAAUAAUAAUAAUAUUAAUAAUAAUAUUAAUAAUAAUAAUAAUAAUAAUAAUAAAAAUAAUAAUAAUAAUAAUAAUAAUAAUUCCACGUCGAUUAGACAGCUGCUCAAAUUAUACUGUAUAAUAUCGAAAUGGAAAUGGAAUAUCGAAACGCUUAAAAAAAAAAGAGAGAAAAAAGAAAAAAAAAAGAAGAAGAAAAGAAAAAAUGAAAAACAGAGAAUAUAUAUAAAUAACGUGUAGGUAUCAAUUUUUAAGUGACGAAACGAAAAAGGCGAAGUGGAAACAUUUAGAAAUAAAAGAAUUUUAUUCUUAUUGUCGGAGCUUCAUUAGUUUUGCACUAGGUAGAGGAUGAAAUCGUUUAUAUCGGAUUAUAAAAACAUCGAAACCCUUUCACGAAUAAUUUUACAGAUUUAUCAGUGACGCGAGAUACCACUCGCGAAAAUUUUCGGUUUUUAAAACCGUUUUCGUAAACAGUUCAUUGUAAUCAUGAACGUCAAUUUUGAUGAUUAACAUUCGCAAAAAAAAGAAAAAAAGAAAAAAAAAAAAGAAAAGAUAAAAUAAAAUGAAAGAAAUGGGUAGAGAAAAAUAGGGGGGGACAAAAAAUACAAACAUUUUGCCACUUUGUAAAGCAAUUUGUACAGUGAAAAUUAAUAACGCGAAAUAAAAAGGAAAAAAAAAAAUUUCGAUCGAUUUUAAUCCAUCAAGGGUGCUAGUACCUCAAAUACCUGUGAACGUAAAUUAAUUGUAAUCCUGUGCGCAUUAAAACGUUGAUGAGAAAUAUUUUUUUUUUCUUUUUUCUUUUCUUUUUGCGAGAGAGAAAUAACUGAAUAAUAGCUAGGAGUAGGAAUGAAAAUUCCAUUCCAAUUAUACGAAGAGAUAUUUUACAAUUCAAAUAGGAUGAGUUUUUAAUUUUUUCUAGUCAUCUAAAAUACACAGAAUACACGAAGGAUUGGAAAAGUUUCGCCAUUUAUAAAUUACCGAUGACAUAGUUUAAAAAAAAAAAAAACUCAACUCAAACGAAUGACAUAAAUAAUAUUAUUUCCAAAAAAUUUCUUUAAUUGAUUCUAGAUAUAUAUAAAACAAUUAUAGAAAAUAUCGAAGAAUUUAUUAUUCAAAUUGUAUUGUAUAAUAUUAUUUUGCAAUUAUUGCAAAAGAUUUUGAUUCAAAUACAUGCAUAAUUAAGCACAAUAAUAUUAUCGAUAAAUUAUCAUGGAAAGAAAAUAAAAUAAAAUUGAUACUACACUCAAACAAUAAUUGACCAACUUGUACUUCAAGAAAAAUAUUCUAGAGCACAUGAGUGAAUGAAAAAUACAAAUUUACGAUAUUUAAAAAAAAAAUCCACGUCAGAAAAAUUGACAAAUCAGAAUUACACCGAGGCCAAAUCCUUUGUUCGCCCGGCGCGCACAAUUAAUUUAUUCACGUGUUAAUUAACGAGGUUCGGAAUUUCUCUGUGAACGCGCAAACACGGAUGGCAGGGGUGCACCAGUUUAAAGCGGACUUCGAACUACUUAGGAAUAUCCAUUAUUCAGCGUACAUCUUGUUUAAAGCAACAGGUUCGUGAGUCCCGGUGCUCGAACGGGUUAAAGCCCAUGAUGGAUUAAAGAAGGUUAGCUCAAGGAUUACGCGGACUUACUAUCGACAGAUCUUUAAUUUUGUCAUCAACUCGAUUUCGUAUACUCGCACUCUUUCUCGCCCAAUGAAACAAAUUUGAAUUUGAAAAGCGUUUCAAGCUUCUAUCUACCCUCUAAGACACUUCAUUUCUGGAAAUUGCAAUAAUAGAUCUAACAGAUAUCUUCUUCUGUAUAUAAAUACUUUUCAAACGGUUAGUAUGAUACGAUGGGUGAAAUUAUUUCUAGAUCGAUGUAACAAAAGAUGAGAAAAGAUAUUUUUUGAAGAGAAAAUUCAAAGUUUCUUCUUUCCUACUUUUUUUUUUUUGUAACGAAUGUAAACGAGUGUAGAUAGUAUGUGUCCGAGAUUCGACUCUUUCUUUGAAACUAUUUUCUAUUCAGGCAAGGAAGCUUUGCUCUUCUUCUCGUGAACGUAUAUUCACGAAAGAGGCAAGAGUUUACGAACAAUCUCGAAUCUGAUUUCGAUCAAUGUGUAUACAAUACAAGCCUCCGUGUGUCGAUGAAAAAAAUUGAUGAAAACGAAAUCCCAAUUACAGUUUACUGCCAAAUCCUGCCCAAAGCAUCGCGCGAAAUAAGCAUUGUAGAAUUCAUCGUAGAACGUACGCAAUAAGCGCUGAAUUGUGCUAGUAUUGCAUAAUUCUCCGUGUAUUAUUAUACAAUAUUAUUAUUAUAUUCUAACCAUUGUUUCGUGAAUGUAACGACAUGACAAAACACCUUGAUUUGAUUGUAACGCGAUAUAAAAUUAACAAAACGAAGCGAUGCUUGCGAUAAUUUAAAAAAUAUCUAAAAAGGAGACCUAGAUUUCUAUUUUCCUAUAAAUCUAUGCUAUACAUCUUUUUUUUUUUUUAUGAAGUAGAUAUGGAUACCGCUCCAUUCAAAAUUUCAACGUUAUUCUCUCGAAUAAAAUUCGAGGAUUUCAUCAAUUAUACCAUUCAUUCCCUCCGAGCUUCUCAAAUAAUACCAGAUAUGAUAAUUAAAAUUGGACGAGCAGAAGAAGAAAUUCAACCCAGCGGAUGAAUUAAAUUAUUUCGAACGAUUUGAAAGCGACAAGAGGCUUUCCCCCUCCCCCCCCCCCAGGCUAAUUAAACCUUGUGUUUGAUUUAUUUCAAUUCUGAUGUUUAGCCUGAUUAUAUACGUGGAGAAGUUGGACGCUUAAAUUGCGAUAAUUAACACAAUUCAGCGACUCGAUGCGGAGCAAGAAGCAAAAAGAUCGAGGAUAACUUUUCGUGCCCUUUAAUCUCCUCAUCUCUACUACAGCUAAUUUCUACAGAGAACGAUGGCGCUAUACACUAUAUAUAUAUAUAUAUAUACACACACGAAUAAUCGGCCUGAAUAAAUAAUAACGACUCGUCGAUUGGCGAAUCCUGUAAAUACGAGUAAAUAGAUUAAAUAAGUAUAUUAGACACUGGGAAAAUAAAAAGGAAAAAAGAAAAAAAUGAAAGAAACAGAAAAAGGCAGAGGGUUCUCGCGACCAAUUCGCGGCUAUUUAAUUAGCUUCAACGAUGAGGGAAUAAUUCGUCGAGGAUUUUCUUGAGUCGCGAGGACAUUUUGUCUUUUGCAUUUGCAUUUGAAUUUAGGAUAAAAAUACGCAGAGGCGUCCCGAGAUUAGGAUUAUGGUCGCCCUGAAAAACGAAUGAGGAACGAUUCGAACGAUUGGAUUCGACGUUUCUUUUGUUCGAAAUAAUUUGUGAGAGUCGAAGGAAUCAUUCGUUCGUCUUUUAAUUGAAAAGUUGAAAGGUUAAUUUUUUUCAUAGCCGAACAUGAUUUAUCGCGGUUUUUCAUGGUACGAUGUUUAAAGUCGCAUAGCUAUUCCGGCUAAUAAAUAUAUGUAACGAUAAAAAAGUGUAUUUAAAAUUGAUAGUAUACUAAACUUUAAAUAUCGUAUUAUUAAAAACCAGAAUUUAAGUGCUAAUAUCUUGGUAUUUAUUGUAUAUAUCGAUUGAUAUUUAAUUGAAGAUUUGAAAUGUUUGUUGAAAAUUCGAGAAUGCAUAAGUAAUAACUAUAAUUAAUCUCUAAGAGAUGUUUGAAAAAUAAUUUGAAAAGACGGUCGAAUUACCAAUCUUACCUCAACUUUAUCCACAUUUUCAGUCCUUCUCCAAAAACAUGGUGGAAGAAGGACUUACAUAUUGCAGUAGAGUAGAGAAGAAAACCGAAGCAUUUUCUUAAACUCGCAUAAACUUCAAACUCUAAAGUAAAGUUUCUCCGAACUUUGGAAACUGACGGACUUCGAAUUCAGAAAUUCUUGAAGUUAAUGAACUUGAUGCAGUUUUAAAAUUUCGAGAGUUUGUUGGAACAAUUCAAACAGGCGCGUUAUAAUACAUUCCUUCCUUCCUCUUUAAUGCAUACGUUAAUGAAAGUGAAGAUAAAGAGAAGAUCUUGAAAAAGAUAUAAGAUGAGAAAUCGAUAUUAAAGAGUAUUCCUCAGAAACAGAAUUUAUUUUCGUAGAUAUAAUUUAAAAAAAAAAAAAAAAAAAGAAAGAAAGAAAGAAAGAUAAACUUUUUAUAUAUCUUUCUAAUAUAUAAGAAAUAUACGCGUUUCCCUCGAAUUUCCACAAUUCAAGAAAAUAUUUCGGAAAAGAGAAACAAACACCGAUUCCAAACACUCGAAUCGCAUCCCUUCCAAGAUAUUUUCGUUUCGAUUGAUUUUCCGCCGGAUUUUCUACGGCCAUUGUAAACAAGCGUGGGUGGCACAGAGUAACAUAAAUAAUAUACCAUAUAGGGAGGAGAUAUUUUGACCUUAGCGUGUAACGAAAUCGAAUCGCGAGGAACAGCCGUCUUAGCCGUUAAGCGAUUUUUAAGUGAUCGGUCGCAUCGUUUUCGCUCGAGGUUCGAUGGCAAAUGUUGAAACCAAUAAUAAUUAAACUAAGAUUAAGUAAAAAUUUAAUAGCGAUAAAUCCGAAUAAUAUAUAUGAAAAUGGUAAUUCGUGCAUCGAACUUCGUUCCUUUCCUAAAUAUUUCAAAUGAAAAUGUUUCUGAUUUUUCUAGAAUGAAUUGAAAGAAACAGCGAUCAAGCGUGAAUAUACUUUGUACUUGGAAAUGAAGAUGAAAGAGUUAGCAAGAGUACGUUUUAUUUGAACAAUGUGUGUAUUAUCGAUUGAAAGAUCUCGAUGAUGUAAAAAAAAUGGAACGAUUAUAUUUAGAGAAAAGAUAAUUUUCAUCAAUCGUAUUGUUUGAUCAAUUGUUCGUAAGAAAAGUUAAUGGCUGUAGAGGUUAUUUUAGUAUUUAGAAUAUUGCGUGAGUGUGUGCGUGUAAGAUAAUGAUAAAAUCGUGUAACAAUCUUUUCCAGACACUCGAUAUGUAAAGACGUGGUUCUUUCGAAUUUUUAGAGAAAAAGAUGCGAUCGAAACUUGCGAAAUAAAACGAAUUAAAAGCGAAGGUAUAUAUGUAUACAUAACACAGAAUAUAAAUAUAUAAAUAUAUAAAUAUAUAAAUAUACGAAUUAAGAGGGACUAUUGAGUAAUGAUAUAUCAUAUAUAUAUAUAUAUAUAUUGUAUGUUACAUGAUAUAUUAUUAUAAUAUUAUUAUGCUUUGCGCCGUUGAGUUGAAUGUUGUUAUUUACAUGAGAAAAAAAAAAUGAGAGAUUCUUAUGGAUACACUCGACAUAUGUAAUAAAAUAUGGGUAAAGUAACACUACCCUGGAAAAAAAA